UCUGGACCGGGGAAGCCAGCCGCCGCCGCCGCCGCCGCCGCCAUCAUGAAGGAAUGCGAAUACCGGCAGAUUCCUCCGGGCACCCCAGCCGCGCCUCCCUCCUCCGAGCCGCCGGUGCCGCCGCCGGCCUCCGUGGGAGUCACCACGACCCCGGCGCACCGGCCCCGCCGCAAAUGGGAGGUCUUCCCCGGGCGCAACCGCUUCUACUGCGGCGGCCGCCUCAUGCUGGCCCGCCACAGCGGCGUCUUCCUCCUCACGCUCGGCCUCAUCGUGGUCACCAGCGGCCUCUUCUUCGCCUUCGACUGCCCCUUCCUGGCUCGUAACCUGACCUUGGCCAUUCCUAUCAUUGCUGGCAUCCUGUUCUUUUUUGUCAUCAGUUCUUUGCUACAGACCAGCUUCAGAGACCCUGGUAUCCUGCCCAGAGCCACCCCCAGUGAAGCUGCUGACCUUGAGAAAUGGAUUGACAAUCUGGGCACCUCCACUUAUCGGCCACCUGCCCGCACCAUGGAAGUAGUUAUAAACAAGUACAUGGUGAAGUUGAAAUACUGUUACACUUGCAAAAUGUUCCGUCCUCCUAGGACCUCCCACUGCAGUGUCUGUGACAACUGUGUAGAACGGUUUGAUCACCACUGCCCCUGGGUGGGCAACUGCGUGGGGAAGCGGAACUAUCGAUACUUCUAUGCCUUCAUCCUCUCUCUCUCCUUCCUGACAGCCUUCAUCUUUGCUUGCGUCAUCACCCAUCUUGCUCUGCGCUCCCAGGGAAAUGAUUUCCUUGCUGUUUUGAAAGCAACACCAGCAAGUGUGUUGGAAUUGGUGAUCUGUUUUUUCUCAGUCUGGUCUAUUUUUGGCCUCUCAGGGUUUCACACUUACUUAGUUGCCUCCAACCUGACGACCAAUGAGGAUCUCAAAGGGGCAUGGUCAAAUAAGAGAGGCUCCGAAUUUGCCAAUCCCUACAGCCAUAAAAGUAUCCUCACCAACUGCUGUGCAGUGCUCUGUGGACCAUUCUAUCCCAGUCUAAUAGACAGAAGAGGAUUUAUCCAGGCAGAUGCUGGGACCCCGUCCACUCCUAAGAGUGAAAUCCCUUCCUUUGGAACGAAAUCUGAUGCCAGCAUGGUAUGAGCCAAUCCUUAGCAGUGCUGACACAUAGUCCUGUGCCUAUGUCUACUUCCAGCUGGUGCCUCUCCUUCAUUUAACAUUUCCUGGGCUCAGGCAGGACAACCUUGUGUGGCAGAGCUUCCAAAGUUCCUACUCAAACCAUAUGCCAUCGUCUCUUGGUUGAUUUUUAUUUGGUUUGGUGUUUACCCAGUGGGAUUUACCUGAACUUUGUGGACUGUUGCAGUUAAGCCUCUAAGUGGGCCCUACUGUCACACAGGAGAAAAGAGGGUUGAAACUUAGAGCCAAAAAUGCCCAUGGUUGGGAGAUGCCAGCUUCUUGAGAACCAUCCAUUCUUGGAGGAUCCGCAGCAGGAAUUGGUUGAAAAGAGCAUAGUCGUUUGCACGGGGAUCCGGCAGUGGGAAGGGGUUGGGGGAACAGAGGUAUCAUCUCCCUAAACUGCACUGCAGAUUAUUUUAAAACUUGCUCUUUGGUGAAAGUGGACAUCUUUGAUGUUAGUCUGUCUUUCCUGCCAUGCCGCAAGAGCACCAUGAAGAAUAAUGGGUGCUUGCCCAAGCUGUAAGGCAGAGAGGUGAACCGUUUUGAGGACACAGCACUCCUUGCCUAGCAGCUAGUGUGGCUUGCUAAGCUGGUUUGCCUGGGAAGACUCUCCUGCUCCUCCUACUGGUGGGAGUUAGAGGGAUGCAUAGAGUAGAAGAUCCCUAGGAAGGAUCAUGAGUGCAUCUAUUGGAUCAGUGGCAGAAAAUGGUUUCUCACUCUGGGAACUGACCCAGAGUUGUCCUUUGUUUCAGUUGAAUGAGGACUACGACAACAGGCUGAACACAGCCCAGUGAGGUUAUUUGUUUAAUAGUUAGAAGAAAAUUAAGCAAACCCAUCUGAGUUUCUGAAAUGAUGUCAACAGAGGGGGUGCAUAGUCACCUGGUGUGUACAGAUAGCAGAGCUAUUUUUGUGGGGGCUGAAGGUCUGUACAUAGAAGACACGUUGACCAAAGGCUGUGUUCAAGGAGGAAUCCAGAGAGAAACCUUCCUGCAUUAUCCAAAACCAAAUUGAUUUUUUACUGUAGGAAGUUGAGUCCAUUCGCUUGGAUUGUUGACCAAUCAUAUAAAGAGGGAAGCGUCGUGAUCCUUCCUAUUGGACUUACUGUGCCUCCCAUCCUGUUGUGUGAGCCUUUGACGUAAAUAGGAAUGCUAAAGACAUGUUAAAUACUUGAAAUGUGUUUAUUAAAAGCUGCUGGGUAUUUUUGCACACAUUUUGUAGAUUUUUCUAAGGUGUAUUUUUUUUAAAGUGGUUUUGCUAUAUAAAAACCUGUGUUCAAGGGAUUUAGAAACCAGGAUAGAUUUUUUUAAAUUAUUUUUUACAGCAGUGGAAUUUGUGUAUCAAGUAAUUACAAACAAAAGGUUGUGUAAGCUGUUAUUCCCUGGUCUCUACCAGCCCAUAUGGACUUGUGGGGGCUAGAUCUUCCUCAUCCCUAUUGACCUAGAGUUUGUGAGAGACAGUUUAAAAUCUCAAAGGAACAAAUCAAGUGUGUGAAUGUGCCUUCUCUACCCCACUUCUGCAGAGGAUCAAGAAAGCUUGAACAUUACGGGGCUUUUUAAAUUGAAAUCAUUGAGGUCAUAUCUCAGGAAUUUGCCCUAAAAGCUGUUAAGUUAGGGAUUGGAGAAAGAACAAGUUGAGUCUUCCCUUUUGCUUCUUCAGGGCCAGGUGUGACAUCCAUCAGUGGUUUGGAGUAGCACCACCCCCUUUAGCAGAAUGUCCUUGAAGGCCAACAGUGGCAAACAGGCACGUGGCAGACUUCUUCCAUUGAUCACGCACAAUGUCAGAGAGAUUUGUAAGGCUGCCCCAAGAUGGGCGGCAACUUACCCAACCCUGUUAAAACAGAAUUGUCACAGUUCCUUCCUCCGUUGUUUGCAUGUGCAUUUUGCGGGGGAAGGAGGUGAUUACCAUUUUCAGUGUCGCAUACUUUGUUAGCUGACCUGCACCUUUUUCCAUUCUAAGAAGAGUGGUGUUAAUAGAGGAAGCAUUUCUGAGCUCUCUUUGCACCUAUGCCCUGAGUUGAAGCAGCUCCUGCAGGAGAUCAAAGGCAUUUCUAUGCCUGCCUGUUUUUAUUUUAUAUCGUGAUGAUGAUUUGCGUAUGCUUGCUGCACAAUCUGUUUGCCUGACAAAUCAGAAUUCUUACAAGAAAGACAGAGGAGUGCACAUAAUCAACAAUCCCUUUCUAGAAUUUGGAGCUGCACUUAAGAGCACCAUACCAAGACAUUCUGAUGGGGUUCAGAAACUUCACGGCAGCUUCCAGCUAUCAAAUGUCUGGGCUAGAAUGCAUGAUCCUCUGCCCUUUGGACUGCAUCCGGAUGGGCAGCAUUUGGCUCAUUCGUGGUGCAGAACUGAAGGUUUUGCUAACGGACACCUCUUGGAGUGUUGCUGGUCUCGGGAAUUUCUUAUCCUGUGAAAUAUAGGCAGUUCUAAGCAAUAUGCCGGCUGAUAUAUGAGGCAGGUGCUUGUAUUCUGUGCCAUUAAGGCAUGUGCCAAACCCAAGGAUGUGGUGGGGGCAUUCCCUUGAUAAUAACGGGCUUGAACCUUCACGUUCAGCCUGCAGAGGCUGCUGUGCCACUUCUGCCGUGAAAGAUGCUUGGAGCCAUGAUGAGAAUCUUUCUUUCUUUCUUUUUCUUGCAUCACCUUCUUGAGCAGCUGCUGUUCCCAGUACAGCUGCAUUAACAAUCUCCUCUGUGAUGGUGCACUUCCAAAAGUAGCCUUUCCAUUGAGGCCCAUAUAGCUCCGGCAUUACGUGCAGAAAGGCUUGCAGCUUUGCUUUCAGGAGGUGUUCAUAAAUUGGAAACACUCUUCUUCCCCCCUUGUACAGCUUUCCAGGAACAUAAUGAGAAAGGAGGGAGAGAUAGUUCCUGGCUUAUAUAAACUAGGCACACCAAUUGAAGCCCAUCCUCGACCACGCUUUGAGAGGGGUAGCCUUGUCCACUUCUCAGGGAAGGAAGCUCUUCUUGUUGAAGGGGAAUUUCAGGCCAACUUUCAACACACAAUCACAUUCUUAACGUUUGUGUGAGGGGGGGAGGCAAGGACUGUAGCAGUGUUACCUUUGUGUGGGGAAACUCUCUUGCGGUAUUGAAGCGAGUUCCCUUUGUUACUUACUUUUGUAAUAAAAAAAAUACUUUUUAAAGAGUUAA